AUGGCGGUACGUGCAAGCCUCUGCGCUGCCUCUCUGCCGUUCUCUUCUUUUUUUUCGCUCUUAUUAUUUCCCCACCCCACCGCGGUGGUGUUAGCUUGUGGGGAAUCGGUGUUUGCUGUCCUGAUCGAGGAGGAAUCAGGCCGCCCCUUGCCGAAGUUUGGUGAAUGGGAUGUCAAUGAUCCAGCUUCUGCAGAUGGAUUUACUGUCAUAUUCAACAAAGCCAGAGAUGAGAAGAAGGGUGGGAAUGGACAAGAUACUGAUUCACCUUCCAAGGACACUAGGACUGAGAGGGUGGAAUCUUAUGCUGCAAAACCAAGCACGAAGAAAUGGUUUUGUUGUGUGACAGCCAGCCCUACGCAAUCCUGA